GGUCCAUCAACACUCUUGGACUACGUUGUACUGUGCCAUUCAAGUUGAUCAGAACAUAGUCUGCUUCUGUUGCUUUUACUAUCCAUCAUCAUCAUCACUUGCUCUCGAGGCCAUAUUGCCGCCUUUCACGAAAGAAGUGCUGUCUUUCUUGUGUCUUCAUCGGACCCCUAAUUCAUCUGGCGGAUUGUGUAAACAAAGGCUUUAGAUUGAGGACCGAGACCCAGCUGCCAGUGGGACACCGCGCGCAACCGCAUCUACUGUACCGGUGAAUGUGUGCCUGAACAGCUGCACGCAUACCAUCAUCAAAAGACUUUCGGCAGAAGAGCCACCAACUAAGUGCUUGGGCUUCGUUGUCUGUUUCGUGUCCUCUCUUCGUCCUUGAGACGUGCUACCCCCAGUCAACAUGGCCAACGACACAACCACCGCGGCGCCUAACAACACGACUCUACCGGGAGAAGUCUCCUCAGUGGUUCCCGAUGAGGGCGUCAACACAACCACUGCGGCGCCAAAUAACACCACUCUGUCGGGAGAGGUUUCCUCAGUGGUUCCCGAUGCUUCAGAAACAGCGCCGGCUGAAAAGCCUAGCACUGCUACUGAGACCACCGCCAACGACGCUCCGGCAACUGCACCUGAGCCCAACAAGCAGACUGAAAAGACCGAACCUGCGGCGGACAAGAAAGCGACCCCGAUCGAGGAACUCUGGGCUCUUGCAAAAUCGCACGGCCACGGUGAGAUCUGGGGUGUCACUCUAGCCGAUCCUGCGAACCACGUCCCGACGCAAAUCAUCCUGCAGAAGUAUCUCAAUGCCAAUGACGGCGACGUCGGCAAAGCAAAGGACCAACUGCGCAAAACACUCGAUUGGCGAACAAAGAUGCAGCCGCUGGAGUUGAUCAAGAAGAAGUUCAACCGCAACAAAUUCCAGGGGUUAGGUUAUGUCACAGUCUAUGGGGAAGCCGACUCGGCGGACCCGGAGGCCAAAGAAAUCAUCACCUGGAACAUUUAUGGCAGUGUGAAGAAUAUGGAAGAGACGUUUGGCAACUUGGACGAAUUCAUCGAAUGGAGAGUGGCCCUCAUGGAGGAAGCUCUGCAGUCUCUCGACAUUUCCAAAGCCACCAAGCCCAUCACCGCGGACCACGACCCGUACAAGAUCAUCCAGGUCCAUGACUACAAGUCGAUCAGCUUCCUGCGUCAGUCCCCCGUGGUCAAAGCGGCCAGUACAAAGACCAUUGAGGUUUUCGCGCAGAACUAUCCCGAACUCCUCAAGGAGAAAUUCUUCGUCAAUGUUCCGGCAUUCAUGGGCUUCGUGUAUGCAUUGAUGAAGCUCUUUGUGGCACCAAAAACUCUGAAAAAAUUCCAUCCCAUGAGCAACGGCGCCAACCUCUCCAAGGAGUUCACCCACAGCAAGGUCAAAGGGCUGGGCGAACUAAUUCCCAAGGAGUAUGGUGGAAAGGGUGCGGAUCUGAACAGCGUCGGAAGGCAGCCUCCUUUGGAAGAGGAACAGGAGGUGCGAGUCGAUUGAAGAAGACAUAAGGUCUAUCGUCUCUCAUACCUUGGGCAUAUUGACAAUCAUGGUGAUGGUGAUGGUAAUGGCAAAUGUACCAAUGCCGAAGCGAAGGGACAACAUCAUCAUGUGCCGGCUCAGUGGAGGCAAGCCUGAGGCCAUCUUUCAGUGUGCGUAUACCCCAUUAGUUCAAUUAGAUAUCGCGUAGUUCCGGGUUGCAAAUGGAUGGCAUGGAUUCUUUCUGCGUACCGUAGCCAGGAUUUCCUAGAGGCUAGAGUAUUCGAAAGAACCCUGGCAAUCUGGAUUCAAUUAUUGAGGACUGUGAGACCAAGGCCUUUCUACCAGAAGAAUUGCAGUGUUGGUGGAU